AUGAAUGAUGAUGAUAUUUUACCAAAUUUCAAUUUUUAUGAAGCAUCUAUAUUAACUUCAGAUGAAGAUGAUAAUGAUGGUGGCAAUGAUAAUUUAAUGGAAACAAAAUACUCAACACCAACAGCACAAGAAAAUCGUUCCGAUCAAACGCCUGCAAGAGCAACAACAACAGUAGCAACAACAAAUGAAUUGCAAAUAACUAUACCACCAUCUACACCAAUACGACCAUCAUUGAUAAGACAACGGCCUACAACAACAACAACAAAUAUCGAACUGAUUGAUUUGGUUACACCAAAAAAGUCACCACAAGGUCUUCAUCAACCAAAUUAUAUACGGCGUACACUUCAUUUUUUUAAUCAACAGCGUUUAUCAAUUUUACCAACAUUUCCAAUCAUUAAUAAUGACAACAAUGAUUCCGAUUUAUUGUUAUUGGCAAAUGUAUUUCCUAUUCAAUUGUCACCCACAGAAUCAGCACAUCGUCAACAAGGCCAAUAUAAGCAUGCAUUUAUUAUUACAGAUCCAAAUGCAUCAAAAACAUCAUUUAUGGUCCAACAAUACCAAAUAUAUUAUGUAUCCAUACUAGAACGUUUCAAUGUUGGUUUGCCAAUUGUGGAUCAUAAUUAUGCACGUUUAAAACAUGUUAUUGAAUUAUUUCGUACAGCUCGAAUGCGAACACUUCGUACCAAUAAUAAACGUUUAGAACACACAUUAUAUUUAAAGGAUAGCGAAAUGCCAUUAUUAUUAGAAUUUUAUUUACAAAUGGAUAUUGAUCUUUUUUAUAUGAAAACAUGUUCAUUUCGCGAUGCUCAACCAAGAUCAAAAACAGAAGGUAUAUUUUGUGUAACUAUACCUGAAUGCCGUUAUAAAAUAACACCAUGUGGACAUUGUAAAUUAUGUCGAACACCAGUUGAUAUGAAAUAUCGUUCACAAGCACCAAUAUUAUUUAAUCGUUAUGGGAAACAUCAAUUUGUUAAUCGUUAUGAAUCAAUAUUAAAUUGUCCAGCAACAUGUAAUACAACAAAUAUUAUUUAUGUUUUAACAUGUUUAUGUGGUCAAUUUGAUUAUGUCAGUGAAACAGCAUAUACAUUGGCUAAACGUUUCGAUGGACAUCGUCAACUGGCUAAUAAGGCUAUAUGUAAUUUAUUACUCGGCAAAGAAAAUGUUACAAGUCUCGCAAUUAAUCAACAAUAUGCAUCAUCUUCGUCCGAUAAAGAAUAUAUGUUAUUGUAUCAACAUCCAACACAAUGUUCAGCAACAAUACAAAUGUUUUUAGAUUACAAUAAACUGUAUUGGCGAUUUGUACCGAUGAAAAUCGAAGAAGCAAAUCAAGAUGAUGCUAAUUAUCAAAGAGUAUGUACAACAACAGCAACAACAACAACAAAGUCAAAUGUUCAUUUCGAUAGAGAGAUUCGAAAAUAUCUGAAAGAUGUACCCAAACCACCAGCUGGUUAUAAAUUUUCGAAACGUCAAAUUGAAAAACAAGCUGAAUUUUUUGAAAAAUAUUGUGUUUCUCCACCAGAUAAUGAACAAAUGGAUCUUUAUAAUGCAAAUAUUAUUGCCGUGUUACCACCAAAUACAUCAGAUUUAUUUCGUCAAAUUGUUCAUUCAUUAUUUGUUACACAUACUGAAGCUAAAUUAAAUACAUUAGGUCAUAUCUUUGAUUUAAAUAUCAAUACAAAUAUUAGACAAAGUGUUUGGUGUGAAAAUUUAGUACGUCGUCCGGUUUCAUCUAUGUCUCAACGACGUUAA